CGCCUCCCCCGCGCCAGCCGCGUCCCAGCGCCGGAGCCGCACGGCCCAGCAGCGAGCGCCCAGCCCGGCCCCGCCAGCCGCCCCCCAUGGAGGAGCAGCCCCACCACCACCACCACCACCAUUACUACUACUACGGCCACCACCACCACCACCCGCAGAGCGCUUACCUGCCGCCGCCCGACGGCCGAGCCCAGCCCAAGCCGCCGCUCCGGCACGAGCACAAGCACGGGGGGCCGCAGCACCAGGAGACGCCGAAACGGAGAACAGGCUACGGAGAGCUAAAUGGUAACGCAGGAGAAAGAGAAGUGUCAUUAAAGGGCCUGUGCUCUGAUGAAGCCACCACCCCAGGAUCCAGGGUUCCCAAUGGUGGCCAGCAGCUUGUAGACACUAAUGUGACCCCAAAGCAGACUGUGAAGGCUGGUGCUUUGGGGAAAGCUGGAAUCAAACCCAAGAACUUCAUUCAGAAGAAUAGCAUGGACAAAAAGAAUGAGAAGCCCUAUGAAAAUAAACUCAGAGAAAGCCAGUCCUCAGACAAGCCAGAGGGAGUGUCUGUCCCAAACGGUGUGGUAACCAAUAAUUCGAGUUAUAUCACCAAUGGCUACGUAGGCAAAGGGGCUGACAACGAUGGCAGUGGCUCUGAGAGUGGAUAUACUACACCUAAAAAAAGGAAAGGCAGGCGCAACAGUGCCAAAGGUUGUGAGAACUUGAAUCUAGUACAGGACAAAAUAAUGCAACAGGAGGUCAGUGCACCAACCUUAAAACAGGAACUUGAGAGUUUCAAGCCUGAUUAUAGUGAACAAAAGGGGAACCGAAUUGAAAAUACUAAGCCUGUUUGGAAAUAUGAGGCUGGGGCUGGUGGAGCAGCCCGGGGAAAGCCUGGGAUUGGGGAUGUACAGCGAAAAAACUCUGAUGCCAAACCUGGAAUUAGCAGCAAGAAGUUUGACGACCGGCCCAAAGGGAAGCACGCGUCGUCAGCUACAUCUAAAGAGGACUCGUGGACCUUAUUUAAACCACCCCCAGUUUUCCCAGUGGAUAACAGCAGUGCUAAAAUUGUUCCCAAAAUAAGUUACGCAAGCAAAGUUAAAGAAAACCUCAACAAAGCAGCUCAAACCCCAUCCACGUCGUCUUCGUCAUCUUCAUCAUCUGCUGGGGAAACUCAGGCCCAAACAUCAAGUCGACUGUCCCAGGUCCCCAUGUCUGCUAUGAAAUCUGUUACUUCUGCUAAUUUCUCGAAUGGGCCAAUUCUGGCAGGGACUGAUGGAAGUGUCUAUUCUCCAGGGACCCAGCCACUGCUCUCAACUGCUGCUAGUACUGUCCCAUCAGCCUCCUCCGAGGCCGGACCCCAGGACACGAGUACAGCUUCAACAGCUCUCGAACAAAAGAAAUCCAGCCUUUUUAUCUACCCUUCAAAUAUGCAAACUGUGCUUCUGGGUACAGCGCAAGUCGAUUUCCCAUCACAGACCAAUCAGCAGAAUCUGGGGGAUAUAUUCCAGAAUCAGUGGGGCUUGUCUUUCAUCAACGAGCCCAGUGCUGGGCCUGAAACUGUUGCGGGGAAAUCGGCAGAUAAUCAGUUAAUGGAAGUGACAUUUCAAGGGGAAUAUCCUGCCGCUUUGGUUUCACAGUGUGCUGAAAUCCUUCCCUCAGGAACUGAACAACCUGUGUUUCCUAAGGCUUAUGAGCUGGAUAAACGGACUAGCCCUCAAAUUCUUAGUGCUAUUCUUAAGCCUGGGACUGCUGUUGAGGGUGGUGUCUUAGCUUUGGAGUCGCAUCACACAGGUGACCUACAAAAGGCAGACACCGGUAGCCAAGGUGCUUUAGUGUUUCUUUCAAAAGACUAUGAAGUAGAGAAUCCUCUGGCCUCUCCCACGAACAAUUUGCUAGCCUCCGCCAAAGAACAGAGGUACCAGAGAGGCCUAGAAAGGAAAGAUAGCUGGGGUUCUUUUGACCUGAGGGCUGCUAUUAUAUAUCACACUAAAGAAAUGGAAUCUGUUUUGAAUUUGCAGAAGCAAGAUCCCAAAAGGAUAAUCAUUUACGAUGAAGCCAUGGAUCGCCCGGAUCAAUGAAGGUAGCAAGACAAGACUGCCUGUUAUAACCUUUCUGCAGCAUUUGUGCUGUUCGUGGGGGACAAAAGGCUUUUAUGCUCCUUCUAAAUCUUCAGUGCAGCAGAGGAACCAUAACUAGAAUCACAGGAUAAUAUAUACAAAUAUAUAUAUAGUUAUUUAAAAAUGGCAACUGAAAGUAAUUAGACUCUUAAGGAAUCUGAAAAUUUAUUUCAACGAGACUACACACGUGAUUAUUUAAUCUCCGGUACUGAAUAGAUUUUUUUUUUCCGUUUUGUUUUGUUUUUGUUGUUUCAAGAGUGAAUGCAAGUGAUUAACAAACAGACUCGAUUUACCAGCCCGGUUCUAAAGUUCCUGCUGUCGUCUGCGUGGGCAACAGCAACUCACUGGAGAGGCAUUUCCAUUUGACAAGGUUUCUGUUUCUUGUUCUGUGACUGUAGUGACACACUAAUCACAGGGAUAUCAGGAUGAUUCACCAUCCUUCAUCUCCCCUUUCCCUUCCACUUCCCCUGUUUCUCAUUUUUUGUGUUUUUUUUGGUUUGUUUUAUUUUCCUGUUUUGUUUUCCAUGGAAUGCUGGAGAAACACCUUGGAAGUUUGCAGAGCUCCUUUGUUUUUUUCCAGAGAAUUUUAAUCCGCAUGUUUUGCCAGGAGUAAAGCAGCCAAUCCUGUGUUGGGAAUGUUGUCUUAAAGCAUCAUUCUUCUGGGGGAAAGAUGGGAAAACUGCAGUUCUAGGAUGCAUGGUGAAGUCACACAGUUGACCUGGCUCCGGUUACACAUUGGACUAUUGAAACUGAGGAGUUCUUUCAUUUUUAAAAGACAACAUGCAAAAAGAAGCAAUCUCUAUUUAGGCAUUUAAUAUGAAAAAACAACAACAACAAAAAACCCCACUGUUCCCACAUUAAUGCCAUUGUAUUACUGGGAGCAAAAAAAAAAAAAAGGGUUAUCUUCUGCUUUCAGCUGUAGGUGCUUCAUAUCUGCUCUGUCUCCUAACACUAAAUGUGCUGGAUUUUUUUCCCAUUUUCAUUGGAAAAACUGAAGAGGAAGUGAGUUCUGCUAGCUUUCACCUUUCCUGAAUUGUUUGGGUUUUUUUAUUUAAAAAAAAAUAUCAAAAGGAAAAAAAAAGGAAAAAAAUUUUAAAAAGGAAAAAAAAAGAAAAGAAAAAUGGGAAUUUGAAUCCUUUUCCAUUUGUCCAUAGAAUGCCAGUGGCUGGGCUUCCUGCACCUGCCCAUUGGAGAUGCUCUUUUAUAUUUUAAUGCAGUCUGUGUAUUUCUGGGCUCUGCUUCUAAUUAUCUCUUAAUAAAAAUAUAUUUUAUUACGAAAACGGAGGACUUAGGGAUGGAAAGAAUAAUUUAAAAAAUUUUAAAAAAAAUUAAAAAAAUUUAAAAUUAAAAAAAAAAAGAUGAAAAAAUAUCCCAAGGACAGGCAAGCUUCCUAGCAGUGGUAGAGAAGGCUGAGCAGACUCAGGCUCCAGCCACCAAACCCGCUCUGUCCCCAUCGCAGCUUGAGUAGCGCAUCCAAAUCAUCCUGGGGUUGGGGAGGUUGUGUUUUAUUUGUGUUGUUUUGGUUUUUUUUUUUCCUGUUUUUUGUUAGAAGGUGGAAAAUUCACAGGGUUCAGUGUAAGAGCAAGCAGUGAAUGAAGCAAAAAUGGGUUUUUCUGACCCAUCCCAAGCUCUACAUGUGCCCAGUGCUCAUCAUGGGUGCCCGUGGCUGAAUAUUGACCGAUAACGUGUCUGGGUGUCGAGAUCAGCAGCAGUUGGUGUCUCCUAAAGUCAGAUGGACCCUAUGGGGCAUUACAGGAAGCAGAUAAGCCCAAAACUUUUACCUACCCCAUGUGCUUAGAUUUACCCACUUUUUGUUUCGUUUUGUUAACUAGGAGUAUGUAGCAUGUGUUUUUUUAAUUGUUUUUAUUCUGUUAAUAAGAUUGUUCCUGAACGAGACGCUUAGGUUCAUGGUGGGACAAUGAAACUGAAUUCUGUACCUUUUGUAAGAUUGCUAGCUUUCUGCCAUGCUUCGUUUUAAAAGUUUGACUAUGGAUUGCCUAUUCCAUUUUAUGUAUAAAGUACUAUAUAGUAUAAUACUGUGGUGUAAUACUAUAUAGUAACCAUAUAUUGUAUCAGUCCAGGUUCAGAAAUGUGUGGUUGGCCAGUUGCAAAUAGUUCUGUUUCACCUCUAAACUGUACCACCACCUUUACAGGUGUGUCUAUAACUUUAAGAUGUAUAACAUGUUUACAGAUGUGCCCGACAUCUAGUCCUCUGACGUUCCUAUUUUUGAUUCUGUUGAGUCUCCCAACUGCUUGCCAAAAGUUGGAAUCGCCCCUGGCUCUGCUGCAGAAUUGCUGGGGCAUUCCUGAGCUUUAAAGUGUUGAGCAAACUGGAUGGUGGGACUGGGAAGAUUAAAGUAGAAGAAAUGUUCUUUUUUUUUUUUUUUUAAUUAUUAUUUGCAAAAAGUUGAAGGCUAAUAGCAAAGUUUCCAGUUUGUUCUACUGGCUUUAAGGCUCUGCUGUGUAUUUAUUUGCCUUGUGUAGUCACUUGUCGCCUUAAGGGCUGGGUUCCAUUAAAAAGAAAAGAAAAAAAAAGACAAAAAAAAAAAAAAGACAAAAACAAACCCUGUUUUGCUUCCCUGGGGUCUGUGCUGUCCUGGCACCUCUGGCUCCAGACCUGCUCUUGGGGCUGGCACGAUGCAGAAGCUGAACAGCAAUAACCCGUGCUGAAUCUGACCCCACGUGUUUAGGAAGGUCUGAGUCUUGCUGAGUGUCUGGGGGAUGCUCAUCUUGGCCUGGUCCAGUCUAGCUUCUAAAUAGCAAAAGAAGAGCUGAAAAAAACAUGGUCCAAGUGGUGGAUUGGGAUGGUUUUUACCCCGGCGUUAAUCCCUGCUGCUCUGCCUCGCUGUGCCGGGCCCCUCGCCCAUGGUGCCCACCCAGAAACACCCUCCUCAGCCUCUCUGCUGUAUUUCUUCUCUCUUCACAUCUGUCUGUCUCUAUCAGCUCCUUGGUGUGUGCUCAGCACUAAGCGGUUAGGAAGUCCUCUCUCCCAGCUCCUGUAGCUCCAGGUUGCUGGCACAGGCAGUAUUUCUGGGAUGGAAUGUUUCCUAGAGCCAGGCAGGACCGUGGAAGAAACUUCCUUGUGCUGUUGUAUAACUCACCCUGUUGCUAUCUGCAGUCCUCCCAAAGUCCUCACACAAUUCUUUACUGAGCACUUAUUAAAAAUAUCUUAAGAUUUAAUCUGUUUUCUGAUUAUUUUUGUGUAAACUUAUUAAAAAAAAAAAAAAAGAAAAAAACCCACACCCUGAAAUUGAGCUGUGACUAAUUUAGCACGUUUAAAUAAUGCUGAGGUGUUACUGAUAAGUCUCACGUUUUGUUUUUUUGUUUUGUUUGACUCGGAGUAUUAGUACUGUAGCAUAAACCAAAUACAGCCCAGGCAGGGAGGAACAGCCUCCUCUCCUGGGUCUGCCCCCGAGGUGUCCGUGCUGGAGGAGCUGGCGGCGCGGGGGUGAGCGUGUGUUUCUUUGUGCCAUUGUUUUCAUUACACUGAGUAAAAGUAAGUUGUGAAAGAAAAACCCUUAAAUACGUGUAGUAUGGGAAAGUGGCAUCAAGGAUGAGGUUGUGACCUAUUUUUUUUUUAUUAGUUAUGAAGAUAAUAAUUCAGGUUAAGGCUUCUCUUCCAUUACUGUUCCUGUGGUGGGUGGGAUGAGUCCCUUUCCUCCAGAGUUCCCUUGCCAGGGUGUCUGUUUAUUGGAGUAAGGAUUCCUGCAUGGAUGGGGGCUGUCUCCUUCUCUGAUCUUUUCUCCACCGCUCCUUCUUUGCCUGCAGGUCCUCUUGGGUGUCUCUUGUACAGGGUCUGGUGCAGCAUGGUCUGGAGUGUUGUACGGCCAGCCAGGUCCAGCACGGGGUCUGCUUUCUCCUUGAUGGAUCAGGGAGUGGUUUUUCACUCCCAAGAGAUUAUGUAAAAGCUUCUCUGGGCUCCCGUCUCUGGUGACAGUGGUUUGGGGACCUUCAGCCUCUCUGCUCCCUCCCCCUUUGCCUGUCCAGUGGAUUGGCAAUGUGAUGGCUUUCAAGGUUUGGUUGGAGUUUGGUUUAAACCCACUUUGGUUGUCCAUGAAACCCAUUUUCAUCAUUAGAAAUCUGUUUCUUUGACAACGUGGCUAUAGCUUCAGGGCAUGGUUUCUGUUGCUAACCCACUUCAAACCAUUGCCCUUUCUGAACUGUAAAUCCCACUGUUUGCCUUUUGUAGCUGCUGUGAACUUUGAAAUGUGGAAAAAAAACAAUUCUCGUUAGGCUGCAAGUACCCCAGCUGCUUGGUGCCUGGGAGCAAGUGAUGGGGUGAACUGGCUGGCUAAAUUGAAAGGAAAAUCUCUUCCUGCUAGGAAAAAAAAAAAGACAGAUGAAGUUGUCCUUUCAGUUGUGUGUGUAAUUAGUGCUUUUCACCUUCAAGAGUGUUGCCAUAGCAUGUUGCCAUCCCUUCCAGAAGUGGCCAGUGGGUGACCUCGGGGACAUUUGGGAUCAAUGGCAUUCACAGGCGUCUUUCAGGACUCCUGGUAGUUUUCCUGUGUGUUCAGUUUUUUGCUCUUGAUUCAGCAUUUUCAGUAAAUUACUGUGGUGUCCGAAGCUUUCAGGAGUCCUUAGAAGAUUUUUUCCGUCCGUAGUGAUUUGUUUUCCUUACAGAGGCUGUUUAUAGGGGAGAUGGUCGAGGUCAGGAGGGGAGAGAACAAGGCUACACCUAAUUUAAAGCUGCUACACGAUUUCACACCAGUGCGUAAGGCAGGAGGAGGGCUGGGGCUGGAAGAGCUCUAGUGUGGUGGAGUAGCUGAAGAAGCCGGAGUAAUUCAAGCUUUGGACAUCACAAGAGCAUUUUUCCCAGGCAAAAAAACCCCUAGAGCCAGAAGUUGAGAAGCAGGAACCUGGGCUGGUGCAAAGGAGCGGAAGAUCUCGGUGUGCGCUGCCGGACUCGCUGCCUUCCAGAGGUGACAGAGCUUUAGACAUUUGCACAAUACCUGUCACACCAUGGGGUAAGGCUGGCUUCCUUGGAUCCUGCUCGAGGUCCUCCAAAGUGGCAUCACUCAGCAGCAUGACCCCGGAACAGCAGACGUCUGGGAGGUGCAGAGAGCUCUGUGAUGGCCUCAUGUUGGGGGCACAAGACCCCUGAGGUGCUGCUGGGGAUGUUGGGCUGCUCUGCCCUGGGACAGGAGCAAAAGUCCUACCUGUGCUCUCACCAGGGGUUGCUGAGCUGUAUUUCUCUUGACUGUUAACCAGAAAGCUUAUUGUAACGUGUCCAGAGCUCUAAAGCCAUUUUGUAAGAUAGCAGUAUCCCUUUUCUACAGCCUUAUUAAUGAGUAGACUAUCUUUAAAAAGAAGAAAAAAAACAAACAACAAACCAGUUAAUUUCUUUCUGUGGUAUGAAACUUGUGUACUGCAAACAUAUGAACGUUUAGCAAAAACAGGACUUAGUUUUCUUAAAAAAACAAAACAAAAUUAAAAAAAAAAAAACAACACCAAACCUGUCUGCUUUCCAUACAGUCUUUCCUCAGGUGCUAAAUAAGGGUUCCAAAAAUGGAUACUGCUUUAGGAGUUUCUGCUUUAUUCUUAAAAUCCAUAUUUUUUUGCUUAGGUGUUGUAAAGAUAUUUUAACAAGAAUGUUUUUUUUAAAUGUAAAUAAGAUGGUGUCUUUAAUUUUUGUUUUAUCUCCUUUUUGUCUGUAUUGGAAUAGUCUCAUUUUAUCCUUUUGAGAAGGACCCUCUUGUGACCUUCUUUGAAGACAUUUCAUUAAGUGUUGCUGCAUUUUAAGAAUGAAUCUACAACUGUUCAUUGUCUUGGAUUAAUGCUGCUGCUGCUAUAAGUAACCCUGAAAAAUCAAGAAUGUGUGAUGCACUUUCUGUUGUGUUUUUUUUUUUUUUUUUUGGUUUGGUUUUUUUUUACAUGACCAUAUAGUUCCUCUGCAGAUAAGUUGAACCCUCCUGGAACAGCCACUAACUCUGCAGGGAGUGUAGGAACUGGGGGACCUGGGGUGUAGGAGAGGGGGGUACCUGAUUUUGGUGCUGACCUAAAGGAAUUUCUAUGCAAACACAAGCAAAGGAGAACUCUUUAACUUGAGAGAACACUGUGCAUUUUAUUUUUUUUUUAUAAAUUUUAUUUCAUUUUAUUUGUUUUCUCUCCUUCCUUUUCUCAAGCUGCUAUUGGAAGGGUAGUGCAAAUCCCUGAGGUUUUCAGCUUCUCCUUCCUCCAGGGCUGGUGGUGCAGGAAAGAUGCCUGAGUAACUUGUGAGGUAGAAGAAUCUCAAUCAACUGUUGUCUCGUUUCCGACUUUGAUAUUAUUGUUUUCUGUUUGAAUCUGUCUUUUGGAAGGAAAUUGCUCAUCUCUGUAAAAAGGUCAUUUUAAUGCUUUAUCUCAAUGUGAAGUGAACCAGCAGUAUUAGGGAUUGCCCAUGUCCCCUGUGCUGGGGAGCAGCAGACUCCUUCAGCUGCUGGGAAGUGACCAGUGCCCAGAGUUGGAUAUUUUCUGAGGAAAAAGUGAUGCCAGCUGAAACCUGAUGGCUGAGGUGUGCAAGCCCAGGGCUUAGGGAGGUUUUGCUGUGUUGAGGUGGUGCUGUGGGGCACGGGCAGGUCCAGAACCUCUUGUCUUCAUGGGUCACACCUGGAGCAUCACGGCGGGAUCCAUUCUGUGAGGGAGGAGUUCACUGGAAAGGAACAAAGGGAACUUACUUGACUAUUUAUAGGAGAUCAUUUAGGAAAAUAAAGUACCUCUAAAGUGAGGGAAGAGUAAGGAAGGUCUAAUGUCAUGUAGGAAAACUCGGGGAUUUCAGCUGCCUGGAAAAUAGUAUAGAAACACAUAGGCUAGAACUCUGCCUGUUUACUUAGUUUGUAUUUUUUUUUUUUUUGCCAGCAUUUGCUCUUUUACACACACACACGUGUGUGUGUACAUCUGACUAAAUGUGCCUUGCGUGUGUGCUUAGUCUUGCUGAAGAGAGUUUGUGGUGGUGUGUGAGCUGCUGGGCCAGCAGCAUGAUGGCCGUGCCCCAUCUACAGCCCAGGGCUCGGCACUGUCCCCAGGACCCAUCGGAUCAGAACAAGACUUGGACUGGAGCCUGCCCAGUGGCUGUCUUACAGUUUGGGGACAACAUCCUGUGGGGUGGCACCUUUCCUUUCCUAACACAAGCUGUUUUCUGUGAUUUUUGGAGGGGAGCAGGGAGGAAAGAGAAGCUGCUUUGCUGAUCUCCUGCAGGCAGAAAUGGGCAUUGCUGGGUUUUGCCUGCAAAGCCAAAACAAGGGAAGGUCUGGAACUGCUCUGGAGUUAGAGCUUUCUGCAGUGCCAGGGACCCCCUUACCCAGGGAGUUUAUUCCCCUUCUGGCUUGUGGUUCUUGUUACUGUGGGGUUUUUUUCAUUUAUGUUUGUAAAGGAGAAGUAAACAUGCCUUGCUUCAAGUUAAUGGAAUAGAAAUGCUUGUGUUUCCAGUCAGUGACUCAGAAUACAAAGCUGUGCAAUUCUUGUUUCUUCAUCUCUCUCCCGACUCACCCUAAUGUGUGAUUUCUGUCCAAGUCUUUUCCAUACUUCUGCCACUGUAAAUGUGAAAGCUUGCUUGCAUUAUUUUUUAGAAAUGCAUUUUGCACACUCGGGUUUCACUGAAGCUCCGUGAAAAGGUUAGUUUGAAGCAGAUGAAUAAAGCUAUGCACAUGUUUUGAAAGUUUAAUUUUUGUCUCGUUACCAGAAGUGACUUAUCUGCCCUCUUUUGCAUUCCUGUGCUGUCAUUGCCUGCAUUAUCUUCACCAUCUCAGAGGGUAUGAUGUGACAGUUCUUUGCUGACAGCUGUAGCAGAAAACUGGCGCUUCUUGAUUAUUUUUUUUAGUAGCCUUUCUCUCCUUUGCUUUCUCUGUAUCUCUCUGUAUAGCUAUAUAAAUAUAUAUAUUAUUUUUUUAUUUUAAAGAGCCUACUUUAGUAAUUGAAUGGGAGGGAGCGGGGUGUGCUGGCUUGUGUUUCAGAUCCACUUUGUGCUGUGGGAUGAACGAGUGCCCUUUUUCCCCUGGUGGGGAGCACAGUGUUGGCACCUGCUGGGUGCACGCGCAGCGAUGAGGACAGGGAACAGCUUUGGGGAGGGGACGGAGGUCAGUCUGCUGGGUUGCAGGCUGGUGACCUGGGCAGACUUGAGGCUUCUGAUGGCAAAAAUUAAUCUUAAGGCAAACCUUCCUGUUGAGUAUUCCCACUGUGAGGCAGGAGGGACAGGCUUCCUUACUGUCCCCACUGUGGGGGCUGUCAUUCAUGGCCCACCAGUCUCCAGGCAAGAGCUUUAUUUUGGUUUUAUUUUCAUGAGUUUGGUGCAUGAGGUUACAGGUACCACCUUUGGAAAUGUGUUGCUUAGCCCAGAACCUUUGUGCAGGAGAGCUGGGAUUUUGAGAUGGGAGAAGGGCCCUGACACCUUCCUCUUCCUGUUCCCUUCGCCAUGGCAGAAAUUUGUACUAACUUGACAGCUUUUUUUCAUACAGAACAGGGCUGCUUUUCUAUCUACCAUCACACGUGUACUUACACACCUUCAGUGGCUUGCGAGCCUCUGAGGGUCCUCGACUUGUUUACUGGGGGGAUGGAUGCCCCUCUCUCCCCCUCCCCUGAAUAUUUCAGUGUUAAGGGCGGUGCAAAACACAACCGCACGCUUCAGCUGCGAGCUGGGGCUGGAGAAAACCCUCCACCCCCUGUCGAUAAGUUCUCAUUUUGUUCAGUUUCCUGGCGUGUGUUAAAACCACGGCGAGGGGUUGUGCUCUGCCUGCUCAGGAGCUGAAUUACCUCUGACCUGCAGAGAGGGGCAGCCCCUCUUUGUUGUCCAUGUUGUCGUGUGCGACCACAGGGAUGGGUAAAGGUAGUUUUGGUUUUCUUCUCCCCUCCCUGUUAUUUCCAAUUAGUUUAAUGCACUCUGUGUGCCCAGCUGGAAAAGCAUAGGCAUUUUCCUGGUUGUGAGAGGCUGGUUAGAGGAGUUAGUGUAAUACCUGCUGUAGCUGUGUCUGGCACAGCCCCCUGCACUGGUAUGGGUGCUGUCAUGGGCUGUAAGGAUAGGUAAUGUCCGUGAGCUGUAAUGGCAUGAUGUAUCUUUACCAAUGAUGUCAUACUUCACACUAAAUGUUUUAAAAAAAAAAUAAUAAAAGAAGUUACCUGAAAUUUUGUUUAUUCUGCACCAACAGGUCUUCAAAACUUUAUCCAAAUUUUAUUAUUUUAUCAGGAAAAAAAAAAUAAAUUUGUGUAGAUCAAAUACAUUAAGACAGACAAUAAGUGAUGUAAAUUGUUGAAUAAAAAUUUUAAAGUU